ACCUACAAUUAUACCAAAAUGCACAACCUCAUUUUCUUAACUGAAACGCCACAAAGCCAAGAGACUAUACAUUCAAGCCAACAAACCCACAGCUCUGCUCUGCUGCAUACCAUUUCUGGGAGAGAAUGCUGCUGCGACCCGCCGCAUUUCUACAUCGGACCGCCGCAUUGCUAAUAUUCUCCGUUCUUAUUGCUGAAUCCACCAAUGAUUCUCAGGUCAGGUGCAGCACAACCUGUGUGGCGGAGAAUUGUGACACGAUUGGGAUUAGGUAUGGGAAGUACUGCGGAGUAGGAUGGACCGGAUGUCCGGGGGAGAAACCAUGUGAUGAUGUGGAUGCUUGUUGCCAAAUUCACGAUGACUGUGUCGGCAUAAAUGGUAUGAUCAACAUUCAAUGCCACGAGGAGUUCAAAAAGUGCAUAAAGAAUGUCCAUAAAUCAGGGAAGGAAGGGUUUUCUAAGGUCUGCCCAUAUGAUACAGCAAUACCUACAAUGGUACAAGGGAUGGACAUAGCAAUUCUAUUAAGUCAGAUGGGCACUCCAAAAGAAGAACUUUAGUAUAGUAGCUAAAUACAGUAAAACAUUAAGGUAAAGAGAGAGAGUUGGUAAAAUGGUUGAGGAAUUUGUUACCGGGGAAAAUUUCUUUCUGGAUUUGGCCUAUAUUGUGGCUAAAUUAUCUCCACGAGAAUAUGAAUCCCAGUAACAGCUACUUGCUCAUUGAUCUUCUUUGGCAUUCUUUUUCUGGUAUUCUCUACUACUGUGGAUAUUCCGCAAGAUUUUUCAAUUUUUAUUUUAUUUUAUACAUUUAAGUGAAAGUUAAUUCAUGUAUUCCUUAUUAUACUAGUGAUCAGCAAAAUGUGCUUAUUAUUGUUCUUGA